CAUACUUAACUGCAGUAGGAAACGGAAGGCGCACCUGCGUAAGAACAAACAGCUGCUUUAGCGACACUUAUUUGGAAUUUCUUACAUACUUUUGAAGAAGUUAAAGUUUAAAGCUCAUAUGUUUUAAAAGAAUUUGAGAAGAUAUGUCGCAGGGUAUAAUCUUUACCCUCUUGUUGUUCACAGGCUUCACCACAGCCAUCAAUGUGGUCUGUCCUUAUCCACGAUACGUGGUCAUAUUAUUCCAGCCGGUCACGCUGCGCUGUGAUUUCAGUACCACGGCUACAACCCCGCCGUUGAUCACCUGGAAAUACAAGUCCUACUGCAGAGACCCGAUCCAAGCUGCGUUAAACCCCAGCAGUGCGGACAAUGCCAUCGCUCAGUCCAACCCAAACUACAACCCCAACAUUGAGUGUGCGGACAGCGCCAGGACCGUUCGCAUAGUGGCUUCGAAACAAACGGCCGUCACGCUUGGGAAUGAGUACCAGGGCCGUCAGAUCAGCAUAACAGAUAAGGCGGACCUUAGCAUUGUUCAGACGGCGUGGGGUGACAGCGGCGUGUACGUCUGUAAUGUCGCCUCAGCCCAGGACCUUUCAGGGAAUGGCGAGUGUUAUACAGAGCUCAUUGUGCUUGAGAGAAAGUCAAAUACUACAGACCUGCUGCCUGGCAUUGAUUUACUGAUCAUGGAAGACUGGUUGUUAGUGGUGUUGGUGGUCCUGGGUUUUCUGCUACUGUUGCUCCUGAUUGGUAUCUGCUGGUGUCAGUGUUGCCCUCACACCUGCUGCUGUUACGUCAGCUGCCCCUGCUGCCCGGAGCGCUGCUGCUGUCCCCGUGCACUGUAUGAAGCUGGAAAAAUGGUAAAGUCUGGUGUCCCCAGUCAGUACGCAGCCACUGUCUACGCCCCAAGCAUGUACGGCCAGCCAGCUUAUGGAGCUGCACCGGGCAUACCCAUGCUCCCUAUGCCAGUGGGCGUCGCUGGUCAUCCUUCCAAUGGCUAUGGCAGAGACUUUGAUGGAGCCAGCUCAGUUGGUCAUGGAUCUCAAGUGCCGCUCCUGCAAGACCACGAUAGUGGAGGAACCCGUAGUGGAUACCGUGUUCAGGCCGACCAAGAUGGAAACCCAACUCGGGUGCUUUACUACAUGGAGCGAGAACUGGCCAACCUCGACCCAAGUCGCCCAGUGAACGCUCCAGGCAAAUACAGUCGUCUGGAUGGUAUGAGCGAGGUCAGCUCACUUCACGACGGUCCAGACUCUCGAAAUCGUGGUCGGGCCAGACCGCCUCAGCUUACCACGGUGUACGAUGAUGUGGAUGAAAACAUGAGCACCAUAAGCAGCGUCUCUCAGCAUGCCCGACGGGACGAGCCCAGACGGGGACCUGACUAUAGAGGACGUGCACGCUCCAUGGAAAAUUUGGAUGAUAUUAGCCGCAAUUACAGAGAUAGAGAUGACUAUCCACCCUCACGCCGAGACGGUGGGGCUAGAGGCGGCAGAGGUUCGGAUGACGAGUGGAGCAGCAGUGGACGAGGAUACGACCGUGUCUAUGAUGACCGUCGCCGUCGUGAUUACUCUCCUGACGCUCGUCCUCGGCGUGGAGACUCGUUCCGUGGGGCCGGCUUCCAGGGCCGACGCAGCCGUAGUCGUGAUGACCUGACGGAUCUGGAGCGGAAUCGUGGCCGUGGAGGUCGGGACGCAUAUGAUGACAGCUUCCUGAGGGAAGCUAUGGAGAAGAAGAAGCUGGGCGAGCAGCAGAGAGGCCGCAGCCGCGAGCGACUCGACAGCGAGAGCGACCGUUCUGACCGCUACAGGGGGCCACACGGCGGACCGCCACCUCUGCCGCUUGCCCCGCCCUCAGGAAACCCUAAUCGCCAUGGAAACCAUAGCAACUUCCCACCUCCUCCUCCUCCCUAUGUUGAGGACACUGACAGUUUGGCGUCGUCCAAGAAGAGCAACUUAAAAAAGAAUGGAGCUGUGAGCAGAGAAAGUCUGGUGGUGUGACAUUCAGGUGGAAAUGAUGUGCGUUUGUGUGUCAGUGAUGCAACUGUGUGUGUUUCCCCUGCCCUUUUGUCACUUAUGUAUGUGUUGUGGCUUGAAUGCUGAGAGGAAUUUGUGUUUAUAUUCAGAUGUUUUGAAUUUUUAUGGGAUAUUUUAAUGAUUAAGCCACAAAUAGUUCAGAUUAUUUUACUAAAAUGCAGACUUGUGUAUAAACAUGAAACAGCUGAUGAACUUUUUAUGGUUUUGUUCCUCCCAACAGCAAGUACUCAAAAAAUAUAAAUGCUGUGACACUCAUCAGCAGUAGUUUUUACUGUGUGUAAAUAAGUCUAGUUCUGUAUUUUAAUAGACUUUUAAAAGGUUUUCAUUUGCAUCAUGAAAAAAUAUGAACAGUAGAGCCUUUCGAGUUUUCAGGUAUUGAUUUUUAAUUAUUUUAAUGUAACAUAAAGAAGCGAUCUUUGUAUGGACUGAAUUCUAUUACUGUGCCUGUGGUCUGAGGCAUAAGUGGGUGAUUAUAUAAUGUUGUACUUUUAUUCUUUUUUAAUGCACAUUUACAUUUUACAAAUGCAAUAACUUGUAUGAAAUACCCCUGAGUGUGCUAUUCUUUUUAAUUUGCUUUUUUUUUAUACAUACAGUAUGUGUAAUACUCUAAUCUCAAAAUUUGGUCAUACAGUGGUUUGUUAUUUUGCUAUUUUUGUACAGCCAGUUUUUCAAUAAAACUUUUCUAUUGUA